CAACACACAAAGUUAAAUUCAUUGAUUGGAUUAAGAGGGUGACCAAGAGAAUGAAGAAACAGACAAAGACAAACUCAGUCUUGGAGAAGAAACUUGAAGAACUCGAGUAUCUUUGUGAAUCACCCACUUUUAAUGAAGAUGAUCCCAAUGUCUACCGGGAUAUCGAACUCCGAGUUAGUUUCUUGAAGACCCUCUUAGUGGCUGAGAUUUCGUCUCGACCGUCAACGGAGACAGAAGGGGAAGAAGUCAGUGAAGAAAUGCUGAAACUUGCUUGCAUGGCCAAGAGGUUAAACGAACUCGAAAGGGCUUUCAAAACCAAUCGAUUCUCCGGUCGGGAUGAUGAGAGUUUGGAUAGUAACGAUGGUGUUGGCGAUGGUGAAGCCGGUUCGGUUUACUCGUUGGUGAAUUCUUGUCAGGAAGAACUUGAUAAAGCAGAGGAAGAGAGCGAGGAGGAGAAAGUGAAAGGAGACGUGGACGCUUUUCAAGAUGCUUCAUGGGAUGAGAAGAAAGGAGAUGAGGACGCUGAGCAGUGGCCACUGUUUGAAGAUGCUUCAUCGGACGAGAAGAGAGAGGUUACGUUUCCGGAGGCGGCGGUUAAGGAAGAGGUGGUGGUUAGAAAAGUGAAAGAGAAGAGGCGGUUUGGUUUUAUGGAUUUGGUAUGUUUAGGUUUAAUGGGCGUGAUUAUAACCUUAUUAUUAGGGUAUAUUGGUGAUAUCACAGAGGAAGAUCCUUUUCUUACCCCUACUUAGGUGAUUGUUUCGUUUGAUUUUCACUCUGUUUUUAGUUUCAUUCUAUUUAGUUUGCUACUCGUAUGAACACAUUAGAUGGUUGCACUUUUCCAUUGUCUGUUUAAUGAAAGAGUAUGA